AUGGAAAAAUUGAUGAGCAUUAUGGUAUUCGUCAGCUACGUAGUUGUUUACGCUAAAAAUUUGUCAACGAUUUCAUUCUGUCUGAUACGAGUUUAUCUACUUUUUGCUGAAGCAUGGAAGAAGGCAUCAUUCUUCGUCUACCUUCUCAUUUUUUCAAUCCCGUUUGCUUUUAUUCUGGCUCUACCUCGAUACAUGACCGGUGCUUCUUGUGUUGCAAUGAAUCCCCCAUUCCCAGCUGACUCCGUGAUGAUCACUUCAAACCAACCAGACAUUAGCAUGACUUUGUCAAACAUAAUUGAUGUCACUUUCUAUCCCUCGAUUAUCAUAACAAUUGUGUGUUUGAAUUUUUUAAUAAUGCGGAAGCUGUGGCGAAAGAGGAAUCAGAGUAAUAUGCUACGUCGUAAAUAUGAUAGAAAAGCUGAAAAAAGUCUAACGAUAACAAUGAUUUUUAUCCUGCUGCCAGUUGUCAUAAACUCUUCCAUUUCCGUCAUAGAGAGUUUUGGCUCAUGCAGCAUCGUUCUUUAUAUAAUUCGACCGUGGUUAAUAGACGCGAGAGCUCAUAUAAUUGUUUGUUGGUUUUACUACACUCAUCCCAUAUUCUGUAAAAAGAAACUAUGUUCAAGAGUGACUGUCAGACGAACUAAGGAUACAAAAUAA